AUUUUUGUAUAUGUUUUUUGUUUUAGUCGGUUGUAAAUUGUUUUCCUUCUCUCUAAUGUGUUGUCUCUUGUCACAUCUGUUUUGUAGUCUGUGUGUCAUGAUGGACGUCAUCGUGCUGGCUGCAAACAAAUAAAGUAACCUGAACCAGAACCUGACCCUGAACCAUGACCUCCUGACAGACAUCUGUGGUUAUAGUUUGGAGGAGAUGUUGGUGAUGCUGAACUCGACCCCCUCCGGCGCUCUGGACCUGCUGCUGAGUGUCAGUAACAGCAGCUCCACGCUGACAGGGGGCGCUGUGCUGGUGUCCAAAGAAAGCUUCUCCAGCACUCUCACCAAGAACAUCGUGGCCAUGCUGGUGUGGCUGACCCUCAGCAUCAUCAACGGCAGCAUGGUGCACACCUUCCUCAGACACAGUCUGUUCUACGAGAAUCCUCGUUACAUCAUGUUCAUCUGCAUGGUGAUGAACGACGCCCUGCAGCUCACCCUGGUGACCGCUCUGUACGUGCUCAGCUACAUCUUCAGGAAGAUCCACGCCUCCGUCUGCUGCCUGCUGAUCAUGACGGCCGUGCUCACCACCCGCUCCACGCCUCUCAUCCUGGCCGGCAUGGCGGUGGAGCGCUACGUCGCCAUCUGCUUCCCCUUACAUUACGGCCACAUGUGCACCGUCCCCCGCACCCUCCUCCUCAUCGGGGUCAUCCUCGUCCUCACGGCCACGCCGCCGCUCACCGACCUCCUCAUCACCAUCGUCCACGAGCCCCCGAGCUUCUUCCACAACGCCAUCUUCUGUGACCACCCGCUCCUGUUCCGCCACCGCUCCGUCUACUACAAGAACUGCGUGUUUGACGGCGUCUACCUGUCCUUCGUCGCCCUCGCGCUGCUCUACACCUACUGCAAGAUCAUGCUGACCGCCCGCGCCGUCUCCACCGGGCUCGCCUCCGUGAAGCGGGCCAGGAACACGGUGCUGCUGCACGGCGCGCAGCUGCUGCUGUGCAUGCUGGCGUUCGUGGUGCCCUCCCUGCAGGCCGCUCUCAUCUCUCUCUUCCCGCGCUUCGGCGUGGAGAUCCGUUACAUCUUCUUCCUGGUCGUCUACAUCAUCCCUCGCUUCCUGAGCCCCGUCAUUUACGGCUUCAGGGACGAGCUGUUCAGGAAGUACUGGACCCGGUACCUGACCUGCGGGAGCCGGAGAGUGGUCCGGGUCCACCCGAGGUUACCCAAGGUCAACCUGUAGCUGGAUCAGCACGUGGACCGUUUGAGACCGCUGAGUUUGUUUUGGUCUGCACGUUUGGACUCAUGCAGAGGCAGCAGAGGAGGGAUGAAGUGUUUACAGUUUAUUAGAAUAAAACA